AAAGUAGAAACUGAAAGUACAUUGCCGGCGGAUCCUACGGAAGUUAUGGGAAAGGCAAAGCGCAGAGUCGGGCCGUGGUGUGUGCCGCCCCCCUUGGGAUGGAUGAAGCAGCAGGCGCGGCGUGGGUGAAAGCAACCAGCCGCAGAGACCGCCCUGCCCCGCACGGACUCCCGGCCCCUCCGCGGAAGACCAGGGUCCUGGCAGCGACUAUGGGCGGUGAGAGCUUGCUCCUGCUGCAGCUGCGGUCAUCAUGACCACGCCCGCCUCCCGCAGACCAUGUUCCAUGUUUCUUUUAGGUAUAUCUUUGGAAUUCCUCCCCUGAUCCUUGUUCUGUUGCCAGUAGCAUCAUCUGAUUGUGAUAUUGAAGGUAAAGACGGAAGAGAAUAUCAGCACAUUCUAAUGAUCAGCAUCAAUGAUUUGGACACCAUGAUAAAAAAUCGUACCAAUUGCCCGAAUAAUGAACCUAACGUUUUAAAAAAACAUGCAUGUGAUGAUAAUAAGGAAGCUGUGUUUUUAUAUCGUGCUGCUCACAAGUUGAAGCACUUUGUCAAAGUGAAUAACAGUGAGGAUUUCAAUCUCCACUUAUCAAGAGUUUCCCAGGGCACAUUACAGUUGUUGAACUGUACCUCCAAGGAAGACAACAAAUCUUUAAAGGAACAGAGAAAACAGAAGAGCUUGUGUUUCCUAGGGAUACUACUACAAAAGAUAAAAACUUGUUGGAAUAAAAUUUUGAGGGGCUCUAAAGAACAUUGA